GAGCUAUGCAGUUCCUCGGAAAUUGUAUUACUAUUUUACAACCCUCACCACCUCUUCUCCACUCAGCUUAGGACCGCAUGAGCACUUCUAAGCUCUCAGCGACAAGCGUGCGAAGCUCUAUCAAGAGCCUUCUUGAUACUGCAAAUGACCCCGAGAAGCGUCGAAAAUUCCUCCAGACCGUUGAACUCCAGAUUGGUCUCAAGAACUAUGACCCCCAGCGUGACAAGCGUUUCUCUGGGACAGUGAAGCUUCCUAACAUCCCUCGUCCUCGCAUCUCCCUUUGUAUUCUGGCAGAUGCCCACGACGUUGAUCGUGCGAAGCAAAUUGAGCUCGAGUAUAUGACAGCAGAGGAUUUGAAGAAGCUUAACAAGAACAAGAAGUUGGUCAAGAAGCUUGCCAAGAAGUAUGAUGCUUUCUUGUCCUCGGAAAGUUUGAUCAAGCAAAUUCCUCGACUUCUUGGUCCUGGUCUCUCUAAGGCUGGUAAAUUCCCCACCCCAAUUUCGCCUGGUGAAGACCUUGCGAAUAAGGUGGUUGAAGUCAAGUCGACUAUCAAGUUCCAGUUGAAGAAGGUCCUCUGUCUGGGUGUGGCCGUUGGGCACGUUGAAAUGACGGAAGAUCAAAUUCUCGCCAAUGUCAUGCUUAGCGUUAACUUCUUGGUUUCGCUGCUCAAGAAGCACUGGCAAAACGUCAAGUCUCUGCAUCUCAAAACCACUAUGAGCAAGCCCCUGCGGCUUUAUUGAUUACUUCAUGCUGGCGAUCUGGGAUAUCGCUC